UUUUAUUCUUUCUGAUUGCUUGACCCAAAAAGCAUCGAAGCUUCUCUCCCUCAUGGAGUCCAGAGCCUUUUCCCUCAAACCCUGCUCCUCCUCCUCCUCCUCCUCCAAAAUUCCCCAAGAGAUCGAAGAGGCCGAGGACGCUCGGAGCACCGGCAUUGAUCCGAGCCCCCUCUUCGUCAAGAAGAAGAAGAGGAAGCGAGGGAUAAUUGUUUCCAAACCCAAGCUAGGGCACAAAUUUGCUUCCUCUUCUUCCUCUAGCUCUUCGUGGCAGCAGUACAGUAGGGAACGUGUCAAGCAGUGGGACCACCGUGAUAAUGGUGCUCAGGAUCUCGGGCUGCCUCUUGGGAUGUCAUUUGCAGCUAUCGUUGCCCAGAUAUUGAGUAGAACUAAUGGAUCAAAAAAUCAGAUUCCCCUAGAUCGUCUUUCCCUGAUCUGCACAUCGGCAGUAAAAGAAUCGGUAGCAAAUGUAUAUGGAAACAGGUUUGACUGUUUCCUGAUGAACUUUGAGAAAUCAUUUACCAGCACGCUGGGAACGUUGCGGUUAAUUAAUGAAGCAUCUGUUGCUGUUGCUGGACGCAGAAAAAGAUCAUACCAAGUUCCACUUGACAAACAUGGAAAUAGAUUAGUUGAAGCGCCAUCUAUUGUUGGAGAAGGAAAUAAUAAUUGCAAUUCUUUCCUAGAUAGUAGCAGCUGUCAAGAUGCACAAGGUAACUGCGAAUCUCCUUGUGAUGUUGAGAAGUUUGAAGACAUUCCACAAAUAACCACCAUGACCAAUCAGAUUGUUCUUCAUGGACAAGUGAAUCAUGAGCUAGCCUGUGCUUCUCAUCGUUUUGGUCAUGCCAGCUUUAAUCAAUCUAUCUUGAAUACCUUUGAGAAAUCUGUUGUGGAGCAGACUCGCUCUAAUGACCUGAAGACAUAUGAGAUAGGUCUGAUUAGGAGAAAGAUACAAUUAAAAGAAUCACAGUUGGCUGUAAGCUCCCAUGCAAAUGUGCUAGAGAAGAUAAAGAUCUCUAUGGGUAUUUCAAAGGCUUCUUUCAAAGGAGAGAAACUUAGAAAUCAAAUGCUCGAUACUAGACAUGCAGAUUUGCUGAGGAGGUGUAUAGAUCUUAUGGUUGCUGGUUUAAUCAUCAUGUCCUGUUGUCUAGGUUAUGGGACAUAUAUCUAUUCAUACCAGCGUAUCACAGAGGUAACAUCAUCAUGCUCGGUCAUUCCCGAGGAGUCGAAGUCCUGGUGGGUUCCGAAGCAAAUGGCAUCAUUCAGUUCAGGCUGGCUUAUUUUGAGGUGCCAUGUUGUAGCUUUCACACGAAUGUUCUUUGGUUUGGCGAUGAUUGUGGUCAUUGCUUAUUCUGUUUUCCAGCGGUCAGCUAUGGCUACACCAACAACUAUGCCCGUCACCUUCAUUCUCCUGUUGGGAUUUAUCUGUGGCAUUGCUGGAAAAUUGUGUGUGGACACACUGGGUGGGAGUGGGUUACACUGGCUUUUGUACUGGGAGGCUUUCUGCUUGCUUCAUUUCUUUGCCAAUAUAUUCCCUUCGGUUUUGUAUCAGCUUCUUUAUGGUCCAAUUACCAUGUGUCAGACUAAGGCAGUGGGUAGGAUAGUACCGUAUUGGCUCAGGCGUAUUAUGUUCAAUUUGGUGCUCUCUGUUAUUUAUCCUGCAUUAUCUGGUUUGCUGCCAUUUGCAUCUCUAGGAGACUGGAAGGAGCAUUUCUUGCAGAGAAUAAAUCAUUUGAUUAUUGGUGUUGAGAGUCAAGAGUGAAAAAGAGAAGAUAUCAAUAAUUAUGUUUUUAAGCAGGAGGAACUGAUGCGUGUAAUAUACAAGCUAUAAGAAGUUAGUGCUUCCUUGCUGGUAGUGAUUUCCUAAUUUAUCAGGUGAUGAUGUAUUCCAGAGAUUAGCAUGACACUGAUGAAAAGCUGAGGAACGGAUGCAUGUAACAUUAUGAGCUACAAGAAUAUGGCAAUGGCUCCUGUUGUAUUUAUAGCUGCCAAUUUUAAGCGGCGACAAAAUAUCUUUGUGAAGUUUCUAAUUUAUAAUAUGCUGGUGUAUUUGAAAGUAAAGUCGAUAAAGCGGACAGGAACCUGUUGUGAGAUAUGCCUGAAGCUGGAUAUUUGUUAGUAGUUAGGGUUCUCGAGAGAGAUUAGCAGAUGUUAUUGUUUCUAAAACAAGAUUAAAAUUUGGAUAUAAUCUAUAUAUAUCUGUUUCCUGUGU